AUGGCAAGUGCUAAUUAUUAUAGUGACCGAAAACAACGUAGAAAAAAACAUUCACUUAGUGCACCAUUCGGUAUACAAAUUCCAUCAUCACUUAAAGAUCCAACAAAUACUGUUUUAUCACCCAAACAACUCGAACGUUUGACAAAUGAUGAUAAUGCACGUGACAUUGCUCUUAACCAUUUACAUAGUGAUGAACGCUUUGCCACUGUAUGGAAUUCGACAACAAUUCAUCCAAACACACGACGUUUGAUGCGUAAAGUUAUACAAAUACAAACAAUCAAUGCUGUAUGCAAUGGAUUCUAUCGACUUACGGAUGGGACGAAAAUAAAUUUAAACAAGAAUAAAAUGGCAUAUGCUGCUCAAAAUACUCGACAGUAUGGUAAUGAUUAUGAAUAUACUACAGUUCGUCAACAACAUACUUACGAACAACCAUGUCGAAUGGUUGUUAUUAAUGGUGAUUGUCUUGAUGUUGCCAUAUGUUUUAAAGCUAAAUAUCCCAAAUCGAAUCCAGUUGUAUUAAAUAUGGCUUCAGCUAGAAAUCCUGGUGGUGGUUGGAAGAAUGGUGCUGGUGCACAAGAAGAAAAUCUUCAUCGUCGUACAAAUAUGUUUCAAUGUCUUGAAGAUCCUUAUCAUGAAUUAGAAGGUCAAAGAGAUUGGAAUUUUUAUGUACCUGAAUUCGGUGGUAUUUAUAUGCCUGAUGUAAGUGUUUUUCGUGGUUCAGAAUCUAACGGUUAUCCAUUUUUUCCGAAUGGUCCAGAAUAUAUUUCGUUUAUUGCUUGUGCUGCUUAUUCUCAUCCACCAACAGAAACAGAUAAUAAUGGAGAAUUAAAAUUAAGUGGUAAACAUGUGAUACAAAACACAAAAAACAAAAUGGAAAGUAUUUUCAAAAUUGCACUUGAAAAUAAACAUGACAUUCUGAUACUAUCAGCAUUAGGAUGUGGUGCUUAUCAAAAUCCUCCCAAGCAUAUUGCACAGCUUUUUCAUGAAGUGAUCACAACAAAAUAUAAAAACUCAUUUAAAUAUAUAGUUUUUGCUAUUAUUGAUGAUCACAAUGCUAAGAAAGCACAUAAUCCAACUGGUAAUAUUCAACCAUUUGCUGAAGUUUUUCGAGUAGAUUCUCUAUCCAUCGAUGAACUUCGAGAAACACUUCCAGAAUUGACAGAAUAA